AUGGUUCAAGCAACCAUACAGCCUUCUUCUACCACCUCUUCACUCACAUUUAUAUUUGGUAUUUGCCUAUUAUUCAGACUAUUGAAUGCAUUUUAUACACGAACAUACGAUAAUCCAGAUGAGUACUGGCAAGGGCAAGAAGUAGCACACGAGCUAGUGUUUGGCAAUGGGUACUUGACAUGGGAAUGGAGGGAAAAGAUCAGAAGCUUUGCUCAUCCGCUAGCUAUUGCGGCUGUGUACAAAUUGAUACAAGUGGUUGGAUUAGAGAACACCCAUGUGCUUGUAGCAGCGCCACGGUACUUUCAGGCAACGUUGGCUGCGGUAGCUGAUGUGGCUACAUAUACAUUGGCUAAGAAGGUGAUUGGGAACGACAUUGCGUUAUCUAUGCUUUUUACGACACUAUGUUCCUGGUUCAAUUUUCUGAUGGCAGCAAGAACACUGUCCAACAGCAUGGAGAUGGUGUUCACCAUCAUUGCAUUGAAUUAUUGGCCCUUGCCAGGUAUUGUCAAAACAACAGGAAAAUUGUGGGCAAAGCGCUAUCGUAUAUCGCUUGUCUUUGCCUCGAUUGCUUGUGUGAUGAGACCUACUAAUGGAUUGAUUUGGCUGUUUUUGGGCACUCAAUUGUUACUAUGCUCCAGCAGUAAGUUCAAGGUGGCCAUCAAUGCAUUGCUAAUCUGCGGCUUGGUAGUUGCAUUGGAUGUGAUGGUUGAUACACGACUCUACAAUCAAAGCUGGACAGGUUUCAUACAGCAUCUUGUAUUCACGCCUUACUUGUUCUUCAAGAUCAAUGUAGUCAACAACGUUUCUCUACUCUAUGGUGUUCAUACAUGGCAUUGGUAUGUGUCUCAGGGCAUUCCAUUCAUCUUUACAACAUUUUUACCGUUGAUUGGAUUUGGACUUUAUCGCAUCUAUACCACGCCCAUGUUCAAUCGCAUCAAAUCAUUGCUCUACUUAUCCAUUUGGGUUGUCAUUAUAUACAGUUUAUUGCCACACAAAGAAUUCCGCUUUAUAUACCCCAUCGUACCUUUGAUUCUGAUGAUUGCAGCUUACGGUAUACAACAAGUAGGGUCUAGUAGAUGGCGCAGACGCAUCAUGUUGCUUCUGGUAGCAACUCAAAUACCCAUGGCGCUGUAUACAUCCAUCUGGCAUCAACGAGGCGUCAUGGAUGUCAUGCUAUGGAUUCGAUCGCUGCCUGCUAAAACCACUACUGUUGGUGUCCUUAUGCCCUGUCAUUCUACGCCCUGGUACUCUAUCGUUCAUGAUGAUAUCCCCAUGUGGUUCCUUACUUGCGAACCUCCACUAACAGCAGAAACCAAUGCAUUGGAUGAAGCAGAUCAAUUUUACGCUAAUCCCACCGAAUUCUUAAAAUCACACCAGCAAGAUCGCAUCUGGCCCACCACUCAUCUCCUUUUGUUUGACAAUUUGAUACCUGAAAUUCGAGAUUAUUUGGACAAUCAAAGCUAUACAGAAUGCCGUCGAUUUUUCAAUAGUCAUUUUCACGAUGAUAGACGAAGAAGAGGCGAUGUCGUUGUAUUUUGCUACAAUUCCUAG